CUACUUUCUUCACCGGUUCACUGAUGGACUUCAUCGACCCAUCCACAGUACCUGUCAAACAUUUGGGACUUGAUUUCAUGAUUUGGCGGCCGCGAGCAAUAUGCCGCGUACCACUUUCCAAGGACAUUGAGGAAAUUACGCUGACAGGUCUGGUUACUAAGCGCCGAAUUAUCUGGCCUCAGAACUUCGGUAUCCCUUGGUGGGGAUACUAUUUUGAUCGCAUGAUAGAAGAAGCACGGAAUCUAAAAAGGCUGACGUUCUGGUUCGAGGGAAACCGCGAAGACGCUCGUUCAUGGGCUCAACUUCUCUUCCAGGAGUUCCAUGAUACCCUAUCACGUUUGGAGCACGUCUCAUGCGUAGUUGCUGGACCAGACAUUUCAACGACAUUCGACUUCUCGCCGGGUUGCCUCCCGAUCUCGCAUGAGGAUCAUAGAACCCGUGGUCAUAGGGCCGCGAAUGACGUUAGGGAGCUGAUGCCGGUCCUGGUCCUCUGUUGCUGGAGUGAGGAAAACCUUUGCGAUGUAAAUUGUGAUUUCAACAUCACACUCACUUAAUUUUUGUGCUCUUCCUGCCACAGCGGCAUUCAUAAUUCUAGAGGCAGUAUUUUAAAAAAAAUCCUAUUGUCUUUGGGCAACGCCCGAUGUAGAUUAUACUUCUGUGUACUAAAAUCGAUGAUGACAUUGGUGUAAUUAUGAACCAU